AUGGCCCAUAAAAACAAUAGAAACAAAAUUCAUGAGCGACCCACUUCGUCAAUAUCAGCAUCAUCUUCCUCCGGUCUUGCAGGAAACAAGAAAACUUCUGAUAGAGCUAUAGAUGCAUUUAAAGCCUAUAAUAGAAAUCUGCGUCAUCGAGCAGAGAAAAAAGGAAAUAAUUUCGAAGCAAUGUUUUUUGAUAUGAUGAACAAUACUAUAGAAGAGGCCUGUACAGAUCGUUUAGUAAAACAUCUUUCGGCUAAUAA